AUGUCACUUUGCGACGCGUGCAAGGCUUUUGAUCUAGCAAAUCUCCUCGACGACGACGGGGAGCUUCAAGACGUCACAUUACAUAAAUCGAUCCUCAACCUGAACUUAAACUCGUCUAUUUGCGAUCUUUGCAAGUUAUUCUGGGAGUCGAUUGCCAAUCAAAUCAGCCCUGAGAACUUAGCCGCAAUUCGCAAUGAGAGCUGGGAUCUGGGCCCGCCGGUCGUCGUUAUUCGAGGGGCUCGAUAUGUAGACGAAAACUGGGAGGAAGGUGGGAUUUAUGAGGCCAAGAUACGAUGUGAUAGUCUCCGUGCGUAUGGCUAUUUCAGCUUUUAUCCUGCGGUAGGACCCAUGGACUCCGUAAUGAACAUAGGCGAUAUCAUCCUGGCCCGUCAUAUCAGGCCGCCGGGUGAACACCUGGGUCUCCUGCAAAAAUGGGUUUCCGACUGCGAUGAAAAUCACCCAGGUUGCCAUCGUGGACUAAAUCAGUUGCCAACUCGCGUUGUCGAUGUUGGAGCCGAUGAAGGAAGAGACCCACGACUAAUAGAAACAUUUGGCCGAUUUGAUCGUUAUAUGACCUUGAGUCAUUGUUGGGGAACUCAUCCCAUAAUCCGGACGACAACUGACACGAUAAGCGAUCAUUUCAAGACUCUGCCUCUCUCUAAACUUCCGAAGACUUUUCGGGAUGCGAUACUCGUAACGAGAGCCGUGGGCAUACAGUAUCUGUGGAUCGACUCUCUCUGUAUCAUUCAGGACUCGAAGACUGAUUGGGAGCUCGAAAGCGCCAAGAUGGGGUCUUACUACGCCUCCUCAUAUGUUACCAUUGCUGCCUCGGCUUCUCGCGAUUCGACUGGCGGGUGUUUUGUUGCACGAGAUGAAUCUACCCACGUCCCGUUGAUGUACACACAGCCCGGAACGGACAAACCCGUUCAGGUCAUGAUUCGACCACGUCCAGGAAACUUCAUCCACCUCGGCCAAAGGCCAUUACAUACACGGGCGUGGGUUCUUCAAGAGAAAAUUCUCUCCGCUCGUAUGAUCAACUUCGAUGUUGACCAGUUGCUUUGGCAGUGCCAGCAAUCACAGUUAGCAGAAGACGGUAUUCCUUACGACUGGGAUCUUCCAAGCCAUAUGGAAAAAGACCGCACCUUCAAUGAGUUAAAUAUUUCGAACGAUAUCGCAAACAAUCAGGCUAUGUUUUCCAAGUUUGAGUCUGAAUGGUACAAAAUGGCCGGGGGAUACGUUGAACGAGGCAUAACAAAAUCUUCCGACAAACUGCCAGCCCUUUCAGGACUUGCCAAAGUUGUGAAAGAUAAGACGGGUGGAGAGUAUGUCGCAGGUCUUUGGAAGAAGGAUCUUGGGCUUGGAUUACUUUGGUCUCGGUGGAAAUCAUGGCUUUCGCCUCCCGCUGAAGGAUACCGUGCACCAAGCUGGAGUUGGGCAGCUCUUGAGGGAGCAAUCUCUUUCAAUGUUCCAAUAUCGAUUGGUUCGAACACUUACGAAGUUGUUCUGGAAGACAUCGAAACAGACAUUACGCCGUGCGGCCUAGACCCAGAUGGGACCAUCGAGUCUGGCUGGCUUGUUGUGACAGGCAAGGUCAGAACCUUUGAUCGGCGCAUGAACCCAAAGGAUCCGGGAUAUCUUUACUAUAAAGAACUCAACCUACAGGGCCCUCCUGAUGACUACCUUUUGGAUAAAGGGGAGGUUGUCGGAAAAGCUAAAUUCGACAAAGAGUUUGAGAAGCCUACACCACUAUACUGCUUACAAGUAGCAACGUGGUGCAAUAAUUCAAGUAGGUGGUAUGGACUUCUUUUGGAGAGAACUGGGAACGAACAGGAAUACUCCCGAGUUGGUAUUUGUCAUACUGAAUACGUACGCAACUAUAUGUGGUUUGAUGAUGCUCGCCUAGAGAGGAUUAAAAUAGUUUAA